GAUCUCGAGGAGCGCCGAGCUGUCCCUGCCCCAGGAACUUUCCACAGACCCGUCGCGAGGUUUAAAGGCGGCUUUGAGGACCGGGAGUGAAGCAGCAUGGACACAGUCAGCCAAGUCCCCACAGAAGUUGUGCUUCCCAAGCACAUCCUGGACAUCUGGGUCAUUGUUCUCAUCAUCCUGGCCGCCAUUGUCAUCAUGACCUCCUUGUUGCUGUGCCCAGCCACUGCGGUCAUCAUCUAUCGUAUGCGGACUCAUCCCAUCCUCAGUGGGGUUGUCUGAGAAACUACGACCAAGAGGGCCAGGCGAGGGAUGAGGACAGGAGUCCCUCCCCCAGCCUCAUCCCUGUUCUCAGAAAAGCAGCAUCAGGGUCUCUGGAGCUUGGACUUCAGUUCUGGUUUUGAUUCUGCCACGGACCAGCUAUGUGAAUUCAGUCAUGGGGUCUAACUGUAUGAGUUCCAGGGUCCUCAUCUUUCACAGGGGGAUUAUGAUCCCUGCGCUUUCUACCUCUCACAGGGUUGUAA